CCACUAAACCCUCCCAAAUCAAAUCAUUAGCCAAGGCCAAGCAGGCGCGGCUGCUUAGCUUAUAAAGAGACCAGAUAGUACUACUCAGCUUAGCACACCCAAACCGCGCGCCAUCUCACCAAACCAAGGGAGAAGCUUAGCUCCGCCAACUAGCUCGCGCUCGCGUGUAGCGGAUAAGCGGAGUAUCGAUCGAUGGAUCGGACGUCAGCCGUGCCGGGGAGAGUGAGCGACCCGGGGUCCGCGUGGUUCGGCGGCGGCGAGAGGAGCUCGUCGGCCGGGCCGGGGCGCAACGUGCGGCUCAUCGCCACCGCCGUCGCCGCGUUCGUGUCCGUGCUCGGGCUGGCCCUGUUCCUCCACCUCUACGUCUGCCACGUACGCCGCCGGAACCGCAGGCGCGCGGCGGAAGCGGCCGCGCUGGCGACCGUGAACGCGGGGGCGCCGCCCAAGCAGGUCGGGCUGGACCCGUCGGCCAUCGCGGCGCUGCCGACCGCGGCGUACGGGAAGGUGGCGGGCGGCGACGCGGCGGGCGGCACCACCGAGUGCGCCAUCUGCCUCGGCGCCAUGCAGGAGGCGGACGCGGUGCGCGUGCUGCCGGCCUGCCGCCACGUGUUCCACGUCGCCUGCAUCGACAAGUGGCUCGCGUCCAGCUCGUCGUGCCCGGUCUGCCGCGCCGGGGUGGAGCCGCCGCCGCCGCCUCCGUCAACGGCGGCGGCGAGGUGCGUGCACGAGAAGCAGGACGCGGAGAAGGAGGAGGCGGCCGCCGGUAGCUCGGCGCCGGUGCGGGUGCUCGGCGCGUCGCUAAUGAAGAUGCUGAGCAGGGAGAGACCGUCGCCGAGGAGGCAGCCGGGAGUCCACGCCGUGGAAAUGGAAGACUUGGAAAGCCAGCUGCCGCGGCCGCAACAGCAGUAGCAUAUGCGGCGAAUAAUCAGCGGCCAUUUUUAAGCCAUUUUUUGUUUCAUUUUUCGCUUCGUUUAUACAUCAAGCGUUCCAUGUUGGUUCAGUAUGAACUACAUAAGUGUGUAAGUGUUUUUCUUUAUUAGGAGAACGAAAGUUCUCCAUUAGGUGUUUGGUGCUUGUAGCUGUCAAAGGAAAGGAGCAGACCCGUCUCUUGUAUUUGUACAAAGAAGGGAAAGUGGAUAAAGCUCUGAUGGAAUUUCUCUAGGCAAAGUGGGAGUUGCGGUUGAGACCCAUAGAUUUUUUUUU